UCUUGACUGGCCCUGGCUGGUGAUCGCUGGGAGCGCCAAGCCCGCUCAGGGACGGAUGAAAUAGUGAACCUGCAGUGGCCGCCAUUCGUUUCACUUCUUCCUUUUUUCUUUUUAUUGGCGAGUCCUGAAGCAACACUGAUUGUGCAAAGCGGAUAAAAGGCUUCCAGUGCACAGAUUCGCCAUGGGGAUCAAGGCUGCUCUCCCCAGAUAUGAGCUUUAUCUCUACUCCGCUGUACUCGCAGGGGCACUUAUAUGGGCCGGCAGUUGGAUAUUUGAAGCCUCAAGUGAUAACGUAAACAGAAAGGCCUUUAAAGAAAGUGUGAGACCAGGAUGGCAUUACUUUGGCAGGAAAAUGGAUGUCGCGGACUUCGAGUGGGUGAUGUGGUUCUCUACAUUCCGCAAUCAUAUCCUUUUUGCUCUCACCGGUCAUGUGAUCUUUGCCAAGAUAUUUACCCUGCUAGCUCCAAAGCACAGGUCCUUUAUCUUCGCCGUGUACGGAAGCCUGGCGGUCCUGGUCACCAUGGGCUGGACUUUCAUGGCUCUGGUUGUGUCCCACUGCAUCAUACUGUACAGCGUCGCCCUGGUCAAGAAGAAGUGGCUGUGCUUUGCUGCAGGCCUGAGCACGCUGGCCUCCAUCAAGCUGGAGCCGUAUAACUCCUGGCAGGAGGCCUUGGUGACUGGUUCGUUUGACCUGCAAGACAUCCUGUUCUACGGAGGCUGUGGCUUCAGCAUCAUGCGCUGCAUGAGCUUUGCCUUGGAGAACUGUGACAGGAAAGAGGGCAGCUACACCUUCUCUGACCUCCUGAAAUACAACUUCUACCUCCCGUUCUUCUUCUUCGGACCUAUUAUGACUUUCGACCGUUUUCAUGCCCAGGCUAACAACAUGCAGCUAACCCGUAAGGAGAGGGAGAUGUGGAACAUCACUACCAAGGCCUUGUUACACCUGGGAAUCAUUCUGGUGGUGGACGUCUUCUUCCAUUACCUGUACAUCUUGACUAUACCCAGCGACAUGAAGCUGGUCAACAAGCUGUCUGACUGGUGUCUGGCGGGACUGGCCUAUUCCAACCUGGUGUAUGACUGGUUAAAGGCGGCUGUCAUGUUUGGUGUUAUCAACACCGUGGCUACACUGGACCACCUGGACCCGCCUCAGCCUCCCAAGUGUAUCACCAUGCUCUACGUCUUUGCUGAGACGCACUUUGACAGAGGCAUCAACGACUGGUUAUGCAAGUACGUCUAUGACUAUAUUGGCGAGAACCAUGACAAGAUCUUCAAAGAACUUCUUGCAACAGUCUGUACUUUUGCUAUCACCACCUUGUGGCUGGGCCCAUGUGAACUGGUUUAUAUCUGGUCAUUUUUCAACUGCUUUGGCCUGAACUUUGAGCUGUGGGUGGCAAAGUUCUUCUCAUUUCCACCAUUUUCUAUCAUGGAGGAAGCUAUGGGUGAAGCCAUGUCUCGCAGGAUCAGGGGGGUUUUCAAUGCUGCCAACUUCUGGGCAAUUGUGCUCUACAAUGUUCUCUCCCUGAACAGCUUGGAGUUUGCGAAAUUGGUGGGCAGAAGGAUUAUUUUCAAAGGUUUUCCUCUGUCCACCCUGUCUGUGCUGCUUGUGACCUACUGUGGUGUGCAGCUGGUGAAGGAAAGGGAGCGACAGCAGGCCCUGCUGGAGGAUCCGGACCCAGUCAAGCCAGUGGAUGGUGGCAAAGAGAAAGCUGAAUAAUCUAACCUAAAACCAGGAUAUUUUCUGACGUUAAAGGCAGGCCCCUGGGUGGUUUCAUCGUUGGCCUCGCCAACUGUAACAGAACCAGACUGGGACAGCCAGUCGGCAUCUUUAUUGUUCAAAAGGCGGAGCUUUUGCAUGUCAGAAGUGAGCCAGUAUUUUGAACAUAAAGUAUCCUCAAGUGCACUUCCAGUAGAUAAUAGCCACAUACUUUGGCCCAAACCCAAGAAUUGCAUAUUUUGUAUUUGUAUUUUAUCUGAACAAAUGUUUGUUCUGCAUAUUACAAUCCUUCAAAAUGAAACAAUUACACCGGGAGAAUCAAUGUUCGUUAUUUUUGAAAGAGCAGCUACUUCCCUCUGUUUGGACUCUAACUUUUCAUUAUUCUUAGAUUUGAACCUUCUUGGGUUUUUAUCACCUGCAGUAUAGUGCAUUUUAUUCAGAUGGCAUAUUUCUUCCCCAUCAGAUGCUUCAGAAACUAUUAUCACAACUCUCAAUCACACUUAAGGGAAUAAAACUUGAAAGAAGCUUGCGACAACGUAAACAAACAAAAAGGGUGCUGUGGAGAUUUUCCACGAAGCUUUCAAAUGAUUGUAAUGUAUCUUUGCUACUCUGCCUUGUAGUGGAAGUACAAGUUACAGUAGAGGACAGUCUUUUGUUUUCAAUAGUAGCUAUGAAGUCUUAGGAUGCUGAAUGUAACUAUAAGUCGCUGAUCCGUGUUCAGAAGGUGAUCGACUUGUUCCAAUUCAACAGGAAAUUGCUGAUAGAUAUCAGUUUAUUUUUCCUCCACCCAUCUUUCACACUUCAGGCCCUCACAACCGGCCAAACAGAGAAUUUGUUUCAGUCUCUUAGUGCCUUUCUACAAAAUGUGCAGCAUGUCUUUGGUGCGGAAGGCCUGAGGAGAACUUUAUAGAGAUUUUAAUGUGUUUUGUCAUUCAGGUGUUUUCAUGCAAAAGACUGUUUGUUUAAAUGUUUGUCUAGAAAUAAACAUGUGUUUCAUCCCGUCA